AUGCCAACUUCUGGAAUUGUAGGACAACCUUCAACUCUUGACGGUCUUCAUGGAAAACAAUCAGCUUCAGCAUUGCAUGUUGCACCUUCUGUCGUCGAAUUUCCAUCUUUCGAACGUGGCAAUUGUUACGUUGCGACUUUAAACGUUCAAAAUACCAGUCAUCGCGUCUUGCGUUAUCGAUUGACGCCACCAUCACAUGCGUCGUCAUUCCAAGUUUUGCUGCGAGGUCAAGACCUUGCAAAGACUGAAAAUGCUACUGUAUCAUUAUCAACAGGUCUUCAAAUCAAGUAUGACAUUAUGUUUCAUGUUCCAGAAGGAGAUUCUAUUCCUGCAAUGAUUCACGAUGGGUUGCAAAUAAAAGGAGAUGAUGGAUCAAUUUUGGAAAUUCCAUUGAUGGCUAGAAGAGCAUGUCCGUCAUUAGAAGUGACGCCGUUGCAGUGUAAACUUGGUCUUGUUGUUUUGAUGCAACGUUCAGCUCAAUGUGUCGAAGUGCUGAACAAUGGGACACGACCAGGAAGAUAUGAGGUAGAAGUAUUAGAACCGAGCGACUUUAGCUCGAAAGCAACAAUUAAAGUAUUUCCAGAACAAGGAAAACUUGAAAUUCAUGAAAAGGUACAUGUGAAAGUGGAAGCACAAGGACUUGGAAUUGGUGUAUUUCGAGGAAUCGUUCGAGUUCGAAUAUGGGAAAUUGUAGAGGAAGACGACACGAGAACAGAUGCUUUACCUUCCGCAGAGAAAAUUGUGGACGUCUCGGGUAAUGUGGUUGAACACACAGCUGAGUUGGUAUUACGUCAAGGACAUGAACCUGUUAAGUCUUUAUUCUUUGGAUCGCUAUUCGCUGGUGAGAGACGUACGAUUGAAACGCUAUUGAGAAAUAAUGGUCCUUUACCAUUAAAAUUCAAGACUUCCAUCAAUUUUAUGAUAGAAGAGGAUCAAAAAGAUCAUGAAGUACAUAAGGAGCUUGAAAUUACACCUGAACAUGGUUGCAUUGAUCCAUUCAGUGAGACUUUACUACAAUUUAUAUACCAUCCAAGAGCAAAGACUUUGGAAGAAUUGCAAUAUCUUAGUCGUCAUCAGAAUGAAAAUUUUGAAGAAUCGUCUUCGGAUUCGACUUCUCCCUUUACUCUUUUAUCAGGACCAGCACAAUCUCUUAAUGCUUUUGCCUCCAUCUCUUGCGAGACUUUACAAGCUCAUGAUUUGACGUUUCAAAUCACUGCAAAAACGUUUAAUCCUCAACUAUUUCUCUCCCCAUCGCCACCUUUAGACUUUGGUGAUGUUCGAUCACAUGAUCGAGUUGACAUGUUGUUGUCUAUCAAGAAUUUAUCUGGUUUACCAAUACAAUUUAAGUCUAAGAACAACAUAGCGCAUUACUCGAUUUGUCCACGUGUUGGUCGCUUGGAUGUGUUGCAAUCUCAAAAUCUCGUUGUGAGUUUUACACCAACACAAUUGGGGACAUUCGACAAUUCGUUAAUCUUACAAGUAAAUGAUGGGAUAGUUGAGAUUCCUAUCAAAGUUCAUGGACGAGCCGCUGUAGUAGGAUCUGUUCCACCAUCAAGCGAACGAUUUGUUGGUGGUCCCUAUGCUUUACCGGCUGAUUUUGCUCCAAAGUAUCACUUUCUCUUACCUGAACAAGCAAAACAAACAAAAGGGAAGUUAUCGCGUCGUUUUCAGCGUCAACCUCCGUAUGAACGUGCAGCAUUAAAUGGAACUGCAGCAGUGGAUGAAUUUGAGCUUCAAGGCACAAAUAACACACAUUUAACGUAUUGUGUGAAGGAACUUGCACGUCGUGCUGAUCAUCGUGCAGCGUAUCAUGAGUAUCUGACUCAAUGUCGUGUUCAGCGCGAAGCUAAAAGCAAAAACAAAGGAAAAGCUUAUGGCUUAAAAAAGCAUAUCGCUCAGUCUCGCGGUUCAAAUCAGGAAAACGAUGUUAAUCUUGGGAUGGAGAAACUUACACCACCGACACUAAAACUUCCACAAUCGAUUGUUGAUGCAAACGAACCACUUUGGCUUUGUCAACAUCCGACAGAUGGAAACGUGAAUCUCUUUUUUGACGCAUUGAAACUAAUACCGAGAAAAUAUAAAACUUUGCCUGCUACUCCUGCGGAAUUAGCGGAUUGUGCUCAAAGUUUAGAGACGUCUGAACUUAAUCGUGUACUCUCAGGUCCAAAAACUCUAAAUUUUGGAAGAGUGUGCAUUAAUGUAAGUACCACACGUGGACUUACAGUGCAAAACGAUCUCUCGCGUAAUGUUCUAGUCAAUUUACACUUGGAAAGUCAACAAAUUGGAGAUUCUUUCGAAGAAGUAGCACGCAAGACACUUCUAACAUCUCAAGUUAUACCACCUCAUUCGAAAGCAGGAUUUGAUAUCGUGUUUUGUUCAUUAAAAGAACAAAGUUACCAGCAAGUUCUGACGUAUUCAUUAAAUCGUAUUCACUUUCGUCAAGUGACACUUAUGGCUGAAGUUGCACCGAUUGUCGUAGAAGUUACACCUUUUGAUUUGCUUUUUCAAUUUGAUGAUCUCGAUCUGAAUUCAAGUAUUUCUCGUGAUGUUGUGAUAAGUAAUACUAGUGACUGUGAUGCUUUAUUUAAUUGGACUCGUUUGCCUUUGGUUACUACAUUUGAUGGUUUAAAUCGACCUGAAUCUUCAAAAAGUAAUGCGACAACAAUGGCAAUGACUGAUAGAAGUUAUGGUAACAAUACAGCAAUAAAACUGUCCGUAUAUGACAUCAAUCCAGCAAGUGGUGUGCUUAAACCAUUAGCUUCACUUGUCUGUAAAGUGAUUUACACUCCUCCAUCUAUGACAAAAGCUACAAGAACCGCUUUAGGAAUCACACAGAAAAGUGGAAGUUUCUGGUUAACUCAAUCGUUACAAUUAGAUGUGACAGGAGGUAAGAAAUGUCUUUUAAACUGUCGAGCUUUAGUACCUGAGAUCAAAGUUGGAAUUCGUGAUAAAACAAUUGACUUUGGAACAAUCUCCGUUGGUCUUGAGCGAACAAAAACAUUUGUACUGCAUAACAACGACAUUCACAAUCGUGCAGUUGUAAGUACAAGUUUUGAGCUUCUUUCAACAAAUCCUUCAAUAGGAUUACAAGUCGUUCCAAGUCAAAGUUUCAUUGCUCCUCAAGAAUCGCUUGAAAUUCUUGUAAAACUUGUACCAUAUCGAGCUAUUACACUUGAUAUGAAUACAAAAACACAAAGUGCGACAGUAAUUGUAACAAUACGUGGUGGUAUUGUUUAUCGUCUUCCAAUCUUUGUAUCUGUUGUUAUUCCUGAUAUUUUACUUGUUCCUUCCGAUAUUAUUGACUUUGGACAAGUUGUGCUUGGUGUAUCAGUCUCACGUAUACUUUCCUUUACAAAUCAAAGUUCAAUAUCUGCUUCAUUACAACUUGAUCUUAGUGCUUUACAAGAAUUUGAUGUCAUUAAACCACGUCGAUAUUAUGAAGAUACAAGCAAUAGUAUUGAACCACUUUUUGAUGAUAAGAUGGUCAAUGGUCAAUGUACAAAGUGGAAACUUCAUUUAUUACCUCACACAUCUCUCGACUUAAAUCUUAUCUAUACACCGUUAAAAGUGCAUCAAUAUGAUCUCAUCUUACCACUUGAAAUCGCAAAUACCUCGAUGACUUUAAAUGGAUUUACAAUAUUAAAACGACGACUUCAAGCUACUGGAAUUUCUCCUCGUCUUCGUUUUUCAACAUCAAGUAUCAACUUUUCUCGCUGUAUUGUUAUUCGAGAUAAUAAUCGAAAUGUACGAUAUACUAAAACUAUUGUUCUAACAAAUGAUGUUGAUGAAAGUAUAGAAUGGCGACUUGAUACAACUUGUUUACGACGUGGAAAUCUCAUUACUUUUGCUACUGGUGCUGCUGAAAGUUUAGGAGUUAAAGAAUGUGGAGCUGCUAAUCCAACACAUAGUGCAACGUCUACUAUCUUUCAUAUUGCUCCAAAUCAAGGGGAAUUAGCACCAGGAGAAGCUGUAACCCUUUAUGUAAACUUUAUACCUCUUGAUGCUGUUGAAUAUGCGGAAGAAAAUUUACCACUUUUGAUAAAUGACGAAAGUUAUGCGAAUUUUACUUUACGAGGAGAAGGAGUAACCCCACAUUUAUCUUUUUCAACAAAUAAGGUUAUUCUUGCAACUGUACCAUUAGGGGUUACCACGAAAAUGACAUUUCAAGUUUUUGCCACUGGGUACGAAUCUUUUGAACUUACAUACCGAGUGGCGUUAGAUACGUCGCGAGUUCCAUUAACUGUCGUAUUUCCUCAAGGAAAAAGACUGAGUCGAGUUUGUGAAAGUGUACCCGUUGAAGUACAAUUUACAAGUACCUCAAGUAUUGCAUUUAAUACUCGACUUGAGUUUUUGGAUCCUAAUGGCACAUCAUUUCAUUUACCAAUUGCAGGAUGUACCGAAAAUUCGUUCCUGACAACCUACAGAUUUUUUCAAUUACACAAUCUGGCACCAAAAGAAAUAGAAGAUGAAAUUUCUAAAACUGAUUCAUUUUGUUUUUAUACACACACAUCUGGACAAUUUCCUAUUUAUCUUCUUUCGAAACAACAAGCUCAAGAAGAAAUUGAAAAAAAGACGAAAUCUCUUUCAAAUGGAUUUAUAAGUUUGAAUUCAAUGAUAAGUCAUGAAGAUACAAGUGAUUCAACACAAUUUUCAAAAGAUGAGAUUGAAUUUCUUAUGCAAUAUCUUAAUUCCACGUUUCUUCAAACACCAAUUCAUGAAUUUCCAGAAGAUUUUGCCAAUACUCGAGGUCGACCUUUAUAUGAAUUCUUGGAUCUCAUUUGUAGUAAAACAAAAGGAGAAGGAUUAGCAAUUCCUAGUCGUAAUAUCACGGAAUCAAGCACAAAACGAAAGAAUUCGUUAAAUUGUUCAACUGUAUCGUCAAAGAAUGAGUUAACUCAGCUUUUAACGCAAUAUCUUGAACUUUUACGUUUUCUACGUUCAUAUGGUGCCAUGGUACACGAUGUAUAUCCAGAAUAUUUAUUAAGUCAAGACUUUUAUUUAAAAGCAUGUGAGAAUCCUCAUGCUGAUCCUGCACUUUUCACUAUACCACAUUUCACAUCCUUGACUUCUAUUGCGCGACGUCAAUUAUUGAUCAAUGAAUGGCGAACAGUGAGUACAACAGCGUGGAUGAAAGUGAUUUAUCAAGUGAUGAAAUGUUUUUUAUUUUCUCGAAUUACAUCGAAAGGAUAUCAAUUGCAGAUGCUUCCAAAUUAUAAUUCAAAAAGUGAAUCUAGUGGAUGUGAUGAUAAAAGUAAGAGCGACAAUUCUUUAAAACGGAUGUGUCUUGGUAGCAACGUAUAUAGUGAAGCUGAAAUGGUCCUGAUUCAGUGGCUUUGUGAUUGUAUCCGUACACACUCUCAAUGUUCCCAAUCAUCAGCUUUCAAUUCUUUUAAAGAAGGAGUACUAGAGACUCAAAUGUUGGAUAUGAGACGAGACUUACAAGAUGGACAAUGGCUAUUUCACCUUGUGGCUGCAUACAUUCCAACGUUAUCAACCGAUCAAGCACCUUAUCAAUGUUUUCGAUGGAAUUUAGAGACGUUUAAAACCCAUCAACAAACGAGUAGAUCAACAAAUCAAUUGCAGCAGAAAGCGGAUGUUUUACUUCAGAUUCUGAAUACGUUUGGAUUAGAUUUUGGAAUGAAUCCCAAGCGAUUUCUUUUACAUUUUACAGGUCGAGAAAUGUUCAUUCUGUUGUUACAUUUAUAUCAAACAUUACCACAAUUCCUUCCAAAGGCAACGAUUGACUUUCAGGGUACUUUAGGUCAAAAGAUUGAAAAGAACAUUGAGCUUCAAAAUCCAAGCCAAAGACCAUUACGUUAUCAUGUUUUUCUACUUCAAAACCAUAAUGGAGCUUCUCAAAAAACAAUGAAUGAGUUUACACUUGAAUCAAACGAAUUACUGCUCGAAGCUGGCAAAACGGGUACAUUUCGAGUAACUUUCCAACCACGUUUUUCAAGACAACUUCGAGUGCGUCUUGUGUUUCAAGCCGUAAGAGAUGAUACGUUGUCAUUUGGAGGUACUGGUGCCACUAUGGUCUUCAUGUUAGAAUCCAACAUUGUAGCACGUAAACCAGUUCGGAUUUUUCAAAUUGAGACCAAAACAUACGAGAAACGUAUCGAAGAGCUCGUGAUUGAAAAUCAAUUUCCUUGUAACGCAAGUUAUAAAGUUUUAAUGACACAAAAAAUACUUUCGUUAGGGACAGAAACCUUUGGAACAAAUGAAACGAAAUUAUCUUCUUCUCAAGGAGUCAAUCGUCGUCGUUCUGUUCAAGCAAGUGGUAGAAAACAUUCUUUAAAUGACAAUUCAAAUUCAGAUGCUACUACACUUGAAAUGAAGCCAAAAAAUUCGAAUAAUCGUGAAAAUGGAGACUUUCAAUGGUGUAUAAAUGCUCAACCAGCAUUUUAUCUACCAGAUUUCAACAAUUUCAAUACAAUAAACAACAAUUCCGAUACAAAAGGAGAAGUUAAGCAUUUGAACUUAGCAAUCGAAGAUUCUGAAUCGAAUGUUUUGAGUAUUCAACAAAAGGAAUCGACGAAACUCAAAAUCGAAUUCUUACCUUUUCAUCCUGGCAAUUAUUGUUGUCAAUUAUUGUUCAUUGAUGAAAAGAUUGGAGAAUUUCUAUACGAAGUGCAUGGAAUUGCAACUCUUCCAACAAGUUUAGAAACGUUAGAAUUUCAAUGUGAUACAUCAAAUGCUGAUUCGAAACUUGCUCGACUACAUUUUAUUCGUGAAUUGACUAUUCCAAUUUCUAAUAUUUUACUUCAUCGUGCUUUAUCAACAAUUCUUGAACGUACAAAUGGACCAUCACGUGUUAAUCUUCAAAAUGGACUAAAACAGUGUGAAGAAAGUCAUCAUCAUACGUUUUCUGUCACUCUCAAUUCACCGUACUUUACACUUCAUAUACCCGAAUUGACUUUAACUUGUACCAGUAAAAGUAUCCCAGUAGGAUCUGAACGAUCCGAAACUUCUCAACGCAAUUCUUCAAGAGUAAACAUGACUCAAGCACGAUUGGGUACUCCACGCUCGGUUGUUGCUGGUUUAAAUAGUAUCUUACUUGACUUUCAACCCAAAGGUGCCGGUUGUUAUCGAUGUAAACUAUUACUACGGUCACAAAAUACAAUUUGUGGCAGUAGCGAUGUUCGUGUUUAUGAUAUUGUGGCUACAGUUAAAGAGCGUCAAGUACAAACUCAAUUAGAUUUCGUAUCACCAGCACGUCAAAGUAUCGUCCAAGAUAUUCCAAUCUCAAAUCCUACUGAAACAUCAUGGUUACUACAGGCUAUAUUUGGUACCUCAAAUUUGGAACGUUGUUCCAUGUUUUCAGGUCCAGCUUCGUUAAUAGUACCCGCAAAACGCUCAGCAACGUACCCCUUAACUUUUACCCCAUUAUGGAUUAAACACGAAACAAGAACAUUUGUACUUGUAAAUAAUACAACACAGGAACAAUUCGAAUUUCAACUUUCUGGACAUGGUGAAGAACCAUUAGCACAAGAUCAUAUAGUUCUCAAUUGUCAAGCUAGGACGAAUAUUGUGCAUGAAUUUCAAGUUUUUACUUUACCAGGUGGUGAAGUAAAUGUUCCACAAAUCUUUCAAGUCGAAUCAGAUUUGUGCCAUGUUAUUGGACCAUCAACAAUUACAGUACCCCCUGGUAUUAAUCAAAGUGUGAAGUACCCACUAACUUUUACUCCAUUAAUUAGUGGGUUAUACUUUGGUUCAAUCACUUUUAUUCAUGAGGUUACAAAAGAGUAUCUUUGGUAUACAAUUGAAGCUACUGUGAGUCCUCCAGAACCAGAAACUACGUUAGAAAUGCACACAAUUGUACGUGAAGCUAUUGGUGUGGAAAUUAAAAUUUUUAAUCCUUUAGAAACUAUCACAAUCUUUCAAGUCAAACUUCAAGGUCAUGGAUUGAUAGGAUCUGCAACUUUAACUCUUGAACCCCAUGAAACAAAAGUCUACGAAUUAUUGUAUUCACCUUUAGUAGUUACAAUGGAAGAAGGUGCAAUAAUGUUUUCAAAUGAUAAUGUUGGAGAAUUUUGGUAUCGUUUAGAUCUUGUAGCAAAUGAAGCAAAAGCACAACAAGUUGAUGAAAUGGUUUGUGCAGUUGGAGAAGCAUGUUCACAAUUAUUAUCACUUGAGAAUCCUAGUAAUCAUGAAUUACAUUUACAAUAUCAUAUCAGUAACACAAGAAACUUUUCAAUUCAAAAUGAAUGUGUGAUUAUACCACCUUUUGGUCGUGAAAAUGUCUCUCUCAAUUAUACUCCAUCUUCUUUAUUAAAUGUUGAGAGUACAAGUAUUGUAUUUUUUGAAAAAGAUGUUGUAAGUGAUUGGGAAUUUAUUGUACAAGGUCGUGGACAACCACCAAGUGUGAUGAAACCACUUGUCAUUACAGCACAAGUGAAUGAAAUUGUUUCGACACUUUUCAUGUUUAAAAAUCCAUUUGCAGUACUUCUUCAAGUGAAUGUGGAGCUUGUUAUUGAUAAACAAGAUACUUCAACACACCGAAAUUACUCAUCAAUGCAUGAAAGUUCGGUCUUUGAACUUCUUUUGAAAAAACGACAUCUUGAAUUGAACGAAUUUGAAGUGAUUCAAGUACCAAUUUCUUUUCAACCUUUAGACGUAAGUGAACAACAAGCUCAAUUAGUAUUUCACGGUAAAGAAGAAUUUGCUGAACUCGAAUGGCGGUAUCCUUUACGUGGGAUAGCAGAAGCUCCACUUCAUCCUCGUAUCGCAACGAUACUCGCGUGUUCAGCUCGUGAGUGUGUCGAAAAACGCGUCGAGUGUGAACUUUUGGCAGCUCCAGAUGACAUGGAAUUAGAAAAUGAAUCUUUUACAGUGGAGUGGGAAAUUGACACGAAACACUUUGGUCCAUUAACGACAGUGACUGCAAUUGAGCGUGCACUUACUGUAACUCCUGAGCCAAUAUCAUCUAAGACCAAUUCUGCUGUAGUUCUCGUUUAUCUCAUUCGAUUUGAGCCUUUACGUUCGUAUCGAGGAUCGAUUACACUAUUAAUUAAGAAAAAAAGUGGUGGAUUGUGGCGUUUUGAUGUGUCGUUAGAUGCGACCGAUCCACCAAUUGAUGAUGUUUUAACGAUUGAAUCAAGUUUGAAUCAAACGUCAUCUGUGAGCUUUCAACUCUGCAAUCAAUUUCGAGAAUCAGCUGCUUUUCUUGCUGACUUUUCCGCUGGAUCUUCAAGUGCAUUUACAGUUUAUCCCGUUCAAGGUGAAUUGCCUCCCUAUGAAAGUCAAGAUGGCGCUGUCUUUGUCGUGUCAUUCACACCUACGGGAUAUGGUAAAAUGCAAUCGGGACAGCUAGUCAUUUUAACCGAAGAAAUGCAAUGGACAUUUAACGUCAAAGGUGUCUAUCCGGAUGCUAAAUCAAGUAGUAAAAGUAGUGGGUUGACGAGCAGUCUCACCUCAAGUGCUUCACGUCGAAGAUUAGGAAUCACAAAGACUAGCAACGGUAGAGGUGAUACGAAAAGUAAACGGUAA